AUGUCGUUGAGCACUUUGCAGUUUUGCUUCCUCAUGUUUUCAGAGCGAGAUCAAUCCACUUCCAAUUUUUAACUUGUCUUUUCUCAGAUGUCAACAUGUCUAUUCACAGCUACUUUUCCCUGCUGCCUCUGCUGCUGUUAAUUUCAAGAGCAGAUGCUCUUUUUGGUCACAGUGUGCUUCACUGCAUGUUUACUUCCCCUGACGAUGCUUUUUAUAUCGAGCAAAUCUUCUUCAAUAAGUUGCUUAUGAUGGAAUACAACAGCACUGUGGGAAAAUUUGUCGGCUUCACAGAGAAAGCACAAAAUAUUGCAGAAGAUCUCAACAAAAGCCCUUCAUUUUUGAAAGCACAGAAGAAGAAAGAAGAGACAUGCAAAAGCCACGUUUCAGUUGCACUUGACACCCUUUUAAAACCAGUCGAGCCCUCCGUCAGGGUGAGGUCAGUUGGUGCAGCGAGCAGCAAACACCCGGGCAUGCUAGUUUGCAGUGUGUACGGCUUUUACCCAAAACAAAUCAGAGUGACUUGGCUGAGGAACGGGGAGGAGGUGACAUCUGAUGUGACGUCCACUGAGGAACUGUCCAAUGGAAAUUGGCUCUAUCAGAUUCACUCCUAUCUGGAGUUUACGCCGGUGCGAGGAGAGAAAAUCACCUGUAAGGUGGAGCAUGCCAGUCUAAUGGAGCCCAAGCUCUCUGAUUGGGACCCGAAUCCUGAGUCACAGAAUAACAAGAUCGCUAUCGGGACGGCGGGGCUGGUGCUGGGUCUGGUGUUUUUACUUGCUGGACUGAUUUACUACAAGAAGAACACUGUUGGGCGACUGUUGGUGCCAACAAGUUAAGACAGCCCACCACUUUUGCUGAAACAUUUGUAAUACAAGCCAAAAUGUAAAACAAUGCGACUGUGAAAUCAUCUCAGCAAUAUGACCAUAUCGAAUAAAUAAUAAUGUUUUUGUGUGACGUGACAAAGUUCUCAAUGAGCAAAAUAGUUGCAUUCAGUUCUUGAGGAGCUUGAUAUCUACAGGAAUACUUUGUGUUACAUUUAUUAAAAGUAAGCUUUUAUUGAAGUUUGAGGAAAAAUUGCUGAAAAUGCUUGGUUAAAAACAAUAUUUUCUUUUUUACUGCAUACAUUACAACAAGAGCUUUUUGUCCAUGAAAUUGUUUGACUAGAUUCUGAAAUAUUAUAGCUAAGCAGAGAUGUGAGUGGUUAUUUCAUUUUGAAGUAACUUUGUCCGAAAAGACAAAAAAAAAAAAAAAAGGCAAAAUUGACUAUUUAGUAAGUAUUGACUUUGAUAUUCUGGUACUAUAUAUUUUCAUGAAUGUAUUUGUCAGUGAUUUAAAAAUGUUAUUUUGGAUAAUGAAAAAUGAAGACUUGAAUGUGAAAUUUUACAAAGUAUUUUGGGAGAUUUUUAUUGAUUGAAGAUAGUAUUUAAAUGGUACUAUGGUUAUCUGGUCUUUUAAGCCAAUGCAUGGUUAUGGGCUUGUAUCAGUCAUAUAAAUAUAAUUAAUGGACAUAAGACUCACUGUUGCAACAACUUAACUUUUUUGUGUUUAUAUUAGUAUGUCUGUUUUCUUUUAGCCUAUACGCAAGGAGAUUAUAUUUUAUGAAUAGAAAUAUGUGAUCCGCAAUAAAUUGCACCUGCCAAAACAUGAA